AUGUGUCAUUCUGCAGUCAUAUGGUCACAUGAUGUAUUUGGUUGUUUAUUUUGUAGGACUUAUUGGGCCGAGGCAUUAAUGCACUGACCACAAGGACCCCAUUGUCAUUUCCCCUCAUUUCCAGCUUGAAACUUGAGCUGCAGGAGAUUGUUUAGGGCGGGGCUGAUGCUGCGAUGGUAAAACUGACUGUGGGCAGGGAUCAGUGUUACGUGAUUGACACUCAGAACACAAGAACUGUACAGCCUUGGAUGGAGAACAUAACAAUGGUAACGCCUCUGAAACAACCUAUUGUGUUCGAGUUGGAGGGCUUCUUUGUACCACCAGACUACAGCUCUUUGCUGUUCUUCCUGGCUCUGUUUAACUACAUGGUGGUGCUGUUGGGGAAUGGUGUGGUGUUGUGUGUCAUUGUCAUAGAUAAGAACCUGCAUAGACCCAUGUUCCUACUGGUUUGUAACCUGGUAGUCUGUGACCUGCUGGGGGCCACAGCGGUGCUGCCUCGCCUCAUGAUGCACUUCUUGACCGGGCAGAAGAGGAUCCCCUACAUCCUCGCCAUCGCCCAGGCCUUCUGUGUGCACACCUAUGGUGUUGCAGUGCAGACUAUUUUGGGUGCGAUGGCUUAUGACAGGUACAUUGCUGUGUGUGAACCGCUCAGGUAUCACACCAUCAUGACAUCAGCUCGACUGCACUUCUGCUGCGCUCUGGCCUGGCUCAUCGCUCUGCUGUGUAUUGCUGUACUUUUUGCCUUCCACAUGAACACACAGCUGUGUGGCAACAUCAUCCGGCACGUCUACUGCAGCAACCGCUCAAUCCUGAACCUGGCCUGCAGUCCCACCCUCUCAAAUAACAUCUAUGGUCUGUCCAUGACCUGGUCCUUGAGUACAGGUGUCUUCCUCAUCAUUGCUUUUUCCUACAUCAGAAUCCUGCAUGCUUCCGUUAAACAAGGCCGAUCUGACAGUGCCGCUCGAAGCAAGGCCUUUCAGACAUGCGCACCGCACCUUGUUGUGUAUCUGCUCUUCGAAAUUGCUUCAGUGAUCAUAAUUGUGAGUCACCGGUUCCCCUCACUCUCCCAAAACAUCAAGAAGUUCUUUAGCAUCCUAUUUGUCAUCAUUCCACCAGCCAUCAACCCCAUCAUCUACGGACUGGUCAGUAAAGAGUUACGUGGCAGCAUCAUCAAGCAUUUUACCAGUCAAGCCAGUCGCAAAAAAUGAGAGGGGUCAACUUUUUCAGAUCAUUAUAUUCUAUUUAUAUAUUCUAUAUUCAUUAUAUAUAUAGUGUAGAAUUUUUUAAGCCUGUUUUCAAUAACUUAGUACAUCCCCUU